AUGAUGGCAAAUCUAGCUCUGACCUCCGGCCGGUGGCCGGAAAUCACCUCCGGUGGCGACACCACGACCACCGGCAGAUGCAUUAGUUAUGCAGGAAGAGCAGAAUGCAAUAACAGUAGUAGUAGUAGUUGUAGUACAACAUCAUCAUCAGCCAGUAUAUGCUGUGGUUUGUCGAGAUUGAUGAGAAGACUUAUCCAGAGACGACCCAAAAAGUUGCAUCCGGCGAGCCGCCAGUCAUCCUUCCAAUGCCGUUAUGACCCAUUGAGCUAUUCCUUAAACUUCGACAAGAGUGGGUCGGGGGACUUUCCGGACGAUGAUUAUUACAAGUAUUAUGCCUUCUCAUCGAGGUUCGUUGCCACAACGGCUAUGACCGAGUGCAAUGAUCAUUAA